UGUUUACAUCGUGCCUGGUGCACAGAAGCAGCUGUUUUUUCAUUAUUUGUAGCUAAUUUACGAUCGCAAAUUUAAAUAGAUAAAUUCCCCGCAAACGCCACCGGGCUCGCUGCACAAGAAAGGACCAGAGAACAGUGUGAGCUAAUAGUAAUAGUUUAAUCUUGUAAACAUAAUCAUGCUCAAGUGUGCACAACUAUUCGGCUCCAAACGUCUAUGCUCGGCCCAAGUUCCUCUCGCUUCCAGCGUCCGAUGGAUGCGUAACAUCGAUCGGGUGAACGUAAAGGUCCACCAAGGUACGGUGAGUGGCGUGAAAGAGCAGCUCCCGAAUGGAGGCGUUUUCUGUGCCUUCCGGGGCAUCCCGUACGCGAAGCCACCGGUCGGUGAGCUGCGCUUCCGGGCCCCGCAGCCGCUGGACCGAUUCCCCUACCCGGUGCUGGACUGCAGUGUCGAGCGGGACGUUUGCUUUAGCAGAAACAUGUUCACCCAGGAGCUGGAAGGAUCGGAAGACUGUCUGCAUCUGAACGUGUACAUGCCCGGAUCCGGGGAAAGGGCUGGUCAACCGCUGCCGGUGAUGGUAUUCAUUCACGGUGGGGCGUUUCUGUUCGGCAGUGGCAAUGGCGAUUGCUACUCGCCCGAAUAUCUGCUCCAGGAGGAGGUGAUUGUAGUCACGCUGAACUAUCGGCUCGGCGCACUUGGCUUUCUGCAUCUGCCCAGCCAGGGCAUUGAGGGCAACGCGGGCCUCAAGGAUCAGCUGGCGGUGCUGCGCUGGGUGCAGCAGAACAUUGCCGCAUUUAACGGCGAUCCUAACAAUGUGACGCUGUUCGGCGAGAGUGCCGGUGCUGCCUCCGUCCAUCUACACAUGCUGUCACCCGUUUCGCGGCAGUACUUCCACCGAGCGAUCUGUCAGAGUGGAGCCUCUGUCAUGGAGUGGGUGAUGCAGCGCGAUUCGAUCAACCGCACCCGGUCGCUGGCCCGGCACAUCGAUCCCGACGCCAAGACGGACGAGCAGGUGUACCGAACGCUGCUGGCCGCGGACAAGGCCCAGCUGAUGGGGCUAAUGCUGCACACACUGUCGGCCGACGAGAAACGGCGCGGUCUGCCGAUGCCGUUCAAACCGGUGGUGGAGGAGGGUGAACCGGGUCCGGACACGGUCGUGCCGGUACAUCCGUUCGUGGCAAUGCAGCAGCGCGACCGUACCGGCACGAUGCCAAUCAUUUUCGGAAACAAUGACCGCGAGGGCACUAUCAUGAUGAUGGAUGCGAUCAAAAAGCUCGACCUGUACGAUAACGAUAUGGCACGGAUGAUUCCGCGCACGGUUAACGUUGCGCCGGGCAGUGCCGCCUGCGAGCAGCUGGCGAGCGAGGUGAAACAGUUCUACUGUGGCGCGCAGGGCGUUACGAAGGAAACGGCGAACCAGCUGGCUGAUUUGAUGACGGAUUAUCACUUCGGGAUACUGGCGAACACGUGUGCGGAGCUGCACGCGCGCUAUCAACCGAACUCGCCCAUGUUUUACUACCAGUUUAGUUAUGACGGGGAGCUCAAUAUGUACAAAAAGCUGCUGCAGCUGUCCAUUCCCGGCGCGUGCCAUGCGGACGAGCUGUCGUACCUGUUCCUGAUGAGACUGGCAAAUUAUGACGUCAAACCGGACUCGGAAGCGGGUCGCGUUCGGCAGCUCAUGUGUCGGCUGUGGACCAACUUUGCCAAGCAUGGCCAUCCGACACCGGCCAACGAUGAGAGUCUUCCCUUCCGCUGGCAGCCGGUAGACAAAAUCGCCCCAAGCGCUGCCAGCGAAUCGUUCCGUUUGCAAUGUUUAGAUAUAGCGGCAGACCCCAAAAUGAUCACCGACCCGGCAAAGGAGCGAAUCGAUUUUUGGCGCACUGUUUACAAGCGAUGGAAUGAUGAUUUUCUCAAAGUGAAGCUAUUUAACCAAAUGGCUGAAGCAUCCUCCUGCACCGUAUAUAUAACAUCCGGCCCCAUCCGUGGCACAGUAACACCCCUUCCCGAUGGUUCCGGUCCGUGCUACACCUUCAAAGGCAUCCCGUAUGCUGUUCCGCCCGUCGGACCGUUACGCUUUCAACCACCACAACCGCUAACACACCACUCGAACGACGGGCAAGCCGCGCUGGACUGUACGCGAGAGCGUGCGGUGAGUUUGGCCAGCAGCUACCUGCCACCGAACCCGCCCCUCGCCUCCGAAGACUGUUUGUAUUUGAAUGUUUACACACCGAAAAACCCAACCCCUUUGGACGGUUCCUCCGAUCUGCCCGUAAUGGUGUGGCUGCACGGUGGCGCCUUCUGCACCGGAAGUGGCGACUCGUCCAUUUACCAUCCCGAGUGGUUGGUGGCGCUGGGGCCCGCCGUCGUCGUGACGGUAAACUAUCGGCUCGGGCCGGCCGGAUUCCUGUGCCUACCGUCGGCGGGCAUUUACGGCAAUAUGGGACUGAAAGAUCAGCGGCUGGCGUUGCAGUGGGUGAGGGCAAACAUUGGCCGGUUCGGAGGGGACGCGCACAAUGUGACACUGUUUGGGGAGAGUGCCGGUGGCGUUUCGGCCCAUCUACAUUACCUUUCGGAGGGAUCGUACCAGCUGUUCCACAAGCUCAUAUGCCAGUCCGGGGUGGCGACUACGUCGAUCAUCUUUCAGAAGCAUCCGGAGCAGAAAGCGCGCCGUCUGGCGGAGUAUUUCGGGUGUCCGCCCGAUGCUUCCGAUCGCCAAGUGUUGGAUACUCUUUUGAAUGUUGCACCCGAGCAGUUGGCCAAAUCGCAAAAGGAGGCUCUCUCGGCACACGAGAAAACGCUCGACUCGGUGUACGCCUUUCGGCCGGUGGUGGAGCCGUCCGAUGCGAUUGAUCCGAUCGUUACGGAAAAUGCGUUCGAUUUGCUGCGCAGCUUCAACCGGCCGGGCAAGCCGAUGAUACUGGGAGUGGUCAGCGAGGAGGCACUGUACAAGAUUAACACCUUCCGACAGCACCUGCUACGGUACAGAGACGAUAAGGGUCGCUUCAUUCCGGAUUUGCUGAACGUUCCGGCGGGCGAGCGAUCGGAGGUGGCCGAUCGCAUUUUAGCGUUCUACUGCGGUACGACCGAGGUGACGCUGGAGAAGGAGUUCGAGCUGAGUCGCAUUUUUACCGAUACCAUGUACCUAAUUCCGACCGUACAGGCGGCAGAGCUGCAUCUUCGUCGUAGCAAAAGCGAUAUCUUUUUCUACCAUUUUGGCGCCGAGACGGAGCUGAACAAGUUUCGCCAGCAGUGGAAAGUGCCAGCGGAAUAUCGUGGCGCAAGCCAUGCGGAUGAUGUGUGCUACCUGUUCAGUGCGAGCUUCUUCCAUACGGAUGCGGUGGGGCAGGAUUCGCCGGCCUGGAGGUUACGAAAGGCGAUGUGCCACCUGUGGACCAGCUUUGCCCGGCGGAGAGUGCCACGGUUGGACGGUGAGGAGGUGUUGUGGACACCUUUGGAGGAACCGACCACGGAAUCGUUUAAUUUAACGGCACUAAACAUAGACCACCAGUGCGACAUGAGGAUGCAAAACCCGCUAAACGCUUUAAUCGCCUACGCGCGCGCCCGUUUGGGUUGGACCGGCUCAGUCCGCAGCAAACUUCCGAUCAGGAUGGUUAUCCGCAAGCUGUACGUUCCGCCGACGGUCGCCAAGACGAAUCCGGUCCAGCCGCCGGUCGUGGAUCCGAAUUUUAUGGCACCGUCGGUCGUGGAUCCGAACUUUAUGCCACCGUCGGCCGUGGAUCCAAACGGCAUGCCACCGGCUACCGCUUAUCAGCCUCCAGCAGAAGAUGUGCCGAUCAUCGUCGAGCCGGAAGGAAGCAGUGCCUCGAACGGACCACCGCUAGUGUUUGCCGACGCAGUGGAGCUGGAUGUAGUGGCGGGGAAAAUUGUUGGCCGCCGGAAGCCACUCCCGAACGGGUCGGAGUACUACUCCUACCAGGGCAUCCCGUACGCCAAGCCGCCGGUCGGUGAGCUGCGCUUUAAGCCGCCCGUUCCGCUGGACCAGUUCGACGAGCAGCCGCUUCAGUGUGGGUCGGAGCGUGGCCACUGUCUGGCGAUUAUGGCACUGCCCGAGGGGCCCGCGGGCGUUGAAGACUGUCUGUACCUGAACGUGUACACGACGAGCGGUCCGGGCGAUGCGCUCGGCAUGCUGAAACCUGUGAUGGUGUGGAUACACGGCGGUGGCUACUACACCGGCAGCGGCAAUACGGACUUCUUCGGGCCGGACUAUCUGCUGCAGCACGGUGUCGUCUUGGUGACGUUGAACUAUCGGCUAGGGCCGCUUGGAUUUCUUGCCCUACCGUCGGUCGGUAUCCAUGGUAACCAGGGGCUGAAGGAUCAACAGUUGGCGCUGCGCUGGGUGCAGGAGAACAUUGCACGGUUCGGUGGUGAUCCCUCGAACGUGACCUUGUUUGGGGAGAGUGCUGGCAGUGCGUCGGUUAACUGGCACUAUCUGUGCCCGAAGUCGCGCCAAUACUUCCACAAAGCGAUUUGUCAGUCGGGAUCGGUGUUUUGUCCCUGGGGGUUGCAGUACCAGCCGGAGGGUAGGGCGCGCAAGUUGGCCGCCGUGUUGGGCUACGAAGGCGAGGACGAUGCGGGUGUUUUGGCAACGCUGCAAAACGCAUCGGCCGAAGAGUUGGUGUCCAAUUCCACGAAAGCGUUCGAAGAGUCGGAGAGCAGCCUCUACUGCAUGUCGCCGUUCAUUCCGUGCAUUGAGGAUCCCAGCUCGGAGGACGCAAUCAUUCCGCAGCGUGGUGAGGAGCUGCUGAAGCAACCGAACGUGACCAACGUGCCGCUCAUUCACGGUGUCACCAGUGGGGAGGGUUUGGUGUUUUAUGGGCUGCUGCAGCAGCGGUUCGACGAGGUUACGACCAAUCUGGCCAGCCUGCUGCCGCACGAUCUGGGCAUACCGCGUGACUUUGCGCCGGCCGUGAUCGAGGAGAUGCGCCAGUUCUACUUCCAGGACAAACCGAUCGACCGGGAUGGACUGGGCCACCUGCUCGAGCUGGUGGGAGACGUUGGCUUUUACUUCCCGGUGUACGCAGCGGCGGAGCUGCAUUCCCGCUUCCAGCAGGAGGCACCACUGUACUUCUACCGCUUCUCGUACGAGAGCGAGCUGAACCAGCUGCGCAAGCAGUUCAGCGUACCGGACGGUACGCCGGGAGCGGCCCAUGCCGACGAGCUGUCCUAUCUGUUCAAUGGCAGUCAAAUUACUGUCCCGGUCGAGGCCGGCUCGGUGGCGGAUCGGGCUCGAACGCUGCUCUGCCGUCUGUGGACCAACUUUGCCAAGUUCGGCCAGCCUACGCCGGAGGGUGACGAUGUUGGCUUCCAGUGGGACCCGCUGCCACCGACCGCUGCCGGGGAACCGUUCGUGCUGCGCGCCCUCGACCUGAACGAGCAGGUGCAGGUGGUGGAGAAUCCGAUGCAGGAGCGGUUACAGUUUUGGAGGUCGCUGGCCGAACGCUUCAAUCCCAAUCUGGUGGCGUGAGGGCGGACGGAUUACUACCAAUAUCAUAUCUUCAUUCAUAGAGCUUAGAAAUGCAUAGACCUUUCGCGCAAAGGGUUACUGUAAGAUAA